AUGAAUGUAUUGGUGUUUCCUGGAGAAGUCGUGGGUGCAUUCCUAGCGAAACAUUGUAUAAAAGUUAAUUAUUUCGCGAAGGGUGGCAUCCUGAUUCGCCAACAUCCAUUUCGCAGGCGUUUCAUUCAUAAACAGAAGUCCUGGGCAAAAGAUCGCAGCGUGUGUGCAGUAUUUGAGUGGGACGGGUGUGGUCUUGUCGAACUUAUUGAUUCUUUAACGUCAAUAUUUGGGAAGUCUCCUACAGUGAUGCGGCCCACCGGAGGAAAAUGGGAAGGGCCUGAGAAAGACGGGCUAAGAAUUGCUAGUUUAAGUUUUUACGUGCUCGCCUACAAGAAAACUAUUGAAGAGUCCAAAAGCCAAACCGUGGUCUUCAAAUUUGCCACCAUUGAUCUUGCUAACGAUGCUCCCGAUUUUGAUUCCGACUCGCCGCCUGCUUCUCAAUCAUCACCGGUUUGCCUGCCGCUAAGUGAAUCUCUCCCGUUUCCUGGUUCUGAUCUGGAGCUUUGCCAUGGACGCCUUAAAAGGUUCACUGUCCAUGAGCUACAGGCAGCUACCAACCACUUCAGCAAUGAAAAGUUCGUGGCCAGGGGCGCGUUUGGCCGUGUAUAUGAAGGACUCUUGGCAGACGGCUCUCGAGUGGCUGUAAAAAGAAUCGCCAAGCAUUCCCAUUUUGAAAUGAGAGAGUUCCAUGCAGAAGUGAAAUUGGGUAACAUGCUCUCGCAUCCGAACCUGAUCCAGGUUCUCGGCUUUUGCUCAUCGUUGGAACUGAAAGAGUACAUCCUCGUGUAUUCCUUCAUGGUUUAUGGAAGCUUGUCCUCGUUUCUAAGAGGACGACCAUCCGCGAAUCUCCCGCUUGAUUGGCCCACAGGGAAGAAUAUAGCUGUUGGAGCUGCGAGAGGGAUUUCCCAUCUACAUGAUCAUGGCGUAAUCCAUCGGGACGUUAAGCCCCAAAACAUCCUGCUGGGCGAGAACUUUGAGGUUUGUAUUGGCGAUUUCGGGAUGGCCAUCUUCAUGGACAAGGAUGAAGAGAAGGGUGGGACGUACGGUUAUCUUGAUCCAGAGCACUCGAAGAAUGGAAUGUGCUCGGUGAGGAGUGAUGUCUAUAGUUUCGGCAUGACCCUUCUCGAACUCAUCUGUGGUCGAAGUGCUCAAAGAAGGAUCAGUCCACUGGGGCUGCUGCUACCCGAAUGGGCAGGCGUGCUUGUCAAAGAUGAAGAGUUGGAAAGGCUGGUUGAUGCCAACAUUCGGAGCGGGUAUGAGGAAAGCGAAGUCAAGAAAAUGAUCCAGCUAGCUCUACUCUGCACACUACUCGGCCCUGAAAGACUACCUAAUAUGACGGAAGUAGUCCAAAUUCUGGAAGGGGCUAUCAACUUGCCGAAGAGACGGGAGUACCAAAAUGAUGCUAUUACGCCCUCGUGUCAAUUUGGCAGCCCAAAUUUUGAUAUGGACAUGGCGGAGUCUGGUUCUUGUCUCUGCCAUGAAGACUGA